AUGUGUGUUAAUGAGAAGGUGGCAGGAUGGAAGCAAAAAAAACAUCCCCUUCUAUACAAUGCUCUACACAUCGGAGAUCAACUCGUGAACGUCGGCGGUACGACGGUGAGAAAUUCAUCGGAAGCGCAAAAAGUCAUACGGAAUUCAACUUGUCUCUACAUAGAUUUCAUAAUAAAACGAGUGCCCUACGGUAACGUAUUCGCACUCCAACGUCAAUCGGAGGGUCAGAGUUUGGGUAUCGUUCAAGAGGGUAACACGGCGGAAAUAAAAGAGAUACUACCCAACAGCAUAGCCGCGAGACAGGGAUUGACGUCGAAAACUCCUUCCCCGUACGGUUCGUCGCUCACGACGUGGUUCCUCACGGAAAUCAACGGACGACCCCUAAAUUUGUUCUUCAAGGACAACGAAGUGAAGGACAGGCUCAACGCGGUCGGAAAGGAGAUAUCCGUACUCGUUCAACCCAAGGAUUUCAUAAAGCAAAUCAAAAGACAAUUGAAAAGCAUGACAGGAUACAAGGACUACAUUGUGCAGUGA